ACAAGAAAAUCACAUUGCAUUCAAACAAAAACUUAUCAUUCUCUAAACCCCAUUUCUUUUCUCUCCUUUUUUGCCCUGCUACUUGGUUGUAGAGGGUUUUUAUACGAAUGCAAACAAAUCUUGAACACAAUUUGGUGAAAAAGCUCUGUUUUUUGAUUGUUUUUGUGUGUUUUUUGGUUAAAGAUCUUGUCUUUUUGGUGGGUUCUUGCUGGAAGUUACAAAGAUGCCUGCUUUGGUUAAUUACAGAGGUGAUGAUGAAUUGCAUACAGGUGGAUCACUAUGCUCAAAAGAUUCGGCCCGAUUACUAUCAGUUUACGGUCCACCUUGCAAACGUCAAAGAAUCAGCGAUUCAUACAUUCUUUUCUUCGAACAAGAAAAGAAGCCAUCUAUCGAAAUCCUCCCAGACGAAAUCCUCUACGAAAUCUUCAGACGUUUGCCAAACGGUCAAGCCCGAAGCGCAUCGGCUUGUGUAUCGAACCGGUGGCUCACGGUUCUAAGCAACGUUAGAGCAUCCGAAAUGGUUCAUGGAUCGUCUGAUGAUGUUGACAUGGUUCAGGAAAACGAUGGGUUUCUUACGAGAUGUUUGGAUGGAAAGAAAGCAACGGAUUGCAGACUGCAAUCCGUUGCUGUUGGUACAUCGGCCCGUGGUGGUUUGGGUAAGCUUUCGGUUAGGGGCAGCAAUAAAGUUACUAAAUUAGGGUUCACAGCGAUUGCCCGUGGCUGCCCGUCGUUGAAGGUUCUAUCGUUAUGGAAUGUUCCGUCUAUUGGGGAUGAAUCGUUAAUCGAGAUUUCGAAAGAAUGUCAUUCGUUGGAAAAAGUUGAUAUUUCGCAUUGUCAUUCGAUUUCGAACAAGGGUAUUGCAGCGAUCGCUGAAAGCUGCCCGAAUUUGACCUCGUUAACGAUCGAAUCGUGUAAAAACAUUGGAAACGAGAGUCUUCAAGCUGUUGCCCGACACUGCCCGAAUCUCCAAUCGAUCACGAUCAAAGACUGCCCGAAUGUCGGUGAUCAAGGCGUUGCGACACUCUUGUCGUCGCUUUCUUCGGGUUUAAAGAAAGUGAAGCUCCAAUCGUUAAACAUAACCGACUUUUCGCUUGCGGUGAUCGGGCAUUACGGGAAGUCGAUUACCAAUCUUGUCCUUACGGGUCUUCAAAUCGCUAGUCAGAAAGGGUUUUGGGCGAUGGGUAAUGCGAAAGGUCUUCAAUCGUUGACGUCUUUAACCGUCGUCUCGUGUUACGGGAUCACGGAUCUGAGCCUUGAAGCGAUUGGCAACGGUUGCGGGUUCUUGAAACAAAUGUUGAUUAAAAAAUGUUGCUUUGUAUCCGAUAAAGGAUUGAUUUCGUUCACUGAAGCUGCGAAAUCGUUAGAAUGUUUACAAUUGGAAGAAUGCAAUCGAAUCAGUCAACACGGGAUCUUGGGAGCGUUAAAGUCGAAUUUGAAGUCGUUAACGAUCGUCAAAUGUAUGGGAAUCAAAGAUUUAGCCCACGAAACACCCGAGUUGACUCAAUGCGCAUCUCUUCGAUCUUUGACCGUCAAAGACUGUAUCGGAUUCGGAAACACAAAUUUGGCAAUUUUUGGGACACUAUGCCCACAGCUACAAAACGUCGAAUUAAGCGGGCUAUGCGGGAUAACCGAUUCCGGUUUAUACCCGCUUCUCGAAAACUGCCAAGCUGGACUUGUCAAAGUCAACAUAAGCAAUUGCGUGAACUUGACCGACAAAGUCGUGGUGGAUCUCGCUAAGAUUCACGGCGGAACCCUAAAGGUCUUGAAUCUCGAAGGCGGCAGAAGGAUCACCGACGAAAGUUUGGUGGCGAUUGCGGACAACUGCGUGUUGCUCAACGAUCUUGAUGUUUCAAAGUGUUGCAUAACGGAUAACGGAUUGUCUUGUUUGUCCGAAGGUGUUCAGAUCGACUUACAAAUCCUCUCGGUUUCGGGUUGCUCGAAGGUUACAAACGAGAGUGUACCUUUCUUAAAGAAACUCGGGCAAACGUUAGUCGGGUUAAACAUCCAACAAUGCAAUCUCGUCAGCAGCAGUUCCGUCGAUUCGCUUGUCGAGAGUCUUUGGAGGUGUGAUAUCCUAUAUUAAACCACCUUCCCCCACCCCCCAACCAAGAAUAAAGAUGGAAGUAUCCGUUUCGUGUGUCAGGGUUGAUAGUGGCGAAUCGUUUGCCAGUCAGUCGGUUUUCCAGCCUCAAACGGGCUCAGCCCGUUUGUGAUUGUUGUGGUCUCGUUUUCCCCUAAACGAGACUGUUUCGACUGAGGCAAUGAUAAGUCACACCCUGUCAAGUUGUCUUGUCUUUUUUUGUUUUGGGUCUAGUUUAGUUUAGUGGUUCGAGCCACGGGUUGGGUUGGGUGGGGUCUUUAUCGUUCGAGUCAGUUGUAUGUGGUCCGUAGCGGUUUGAGGGCGAAGGAGGGUGCACCUGGUUUUUGGUCUAUGGUAAGUGGCAACAGAUUUGUUGGUCUGGAGCCAUUUAACAACACUUUGUGGUUGUUUUUUUAUGAACCAUGGUCCAUGUUUUUUAUGGGACUUUAGGGUCCUGUUUUCUCAGGUUGAUCUUCUUGCUACCUCAAAUUGUUACCUAUUUUAGUAUUUAUAAUGAAUUUUUAAUGUAAUAUGUUAUUGUUGUCUUAUUCUUGUUGUGUACAAGUAUUUGAAUCUUAAA